AGAAUAAAACACGAGAAACAAGGAGACCUGAUGAAUGUGAAGGACGAAAGACAAGAUCUGAAUGAAUUGGAGAAACCUCAGGAUCAAAAAGAUCAUAAUGUAAAUGAACAAAGCAGCACUGAAGUCAGAAAACCUUUCAGCUGCUCUCAGUGUGGAAAAGCUUUCACGUGUAAGAAAAGCCUGAGGAAUCACAUGUUAAUUCACGCCGGGAUAAAGCCUUUUACCUGCUCUCAGUGUGGAAAGAGUUUUACCAGGAAAAGUCAACUUAAGGAUCACAUGCAUAUCCACUCUUCAGAAAAACCUUUCAGCUGCUCUCAGUGCGGAAAGAGUUUCACGCGUAAAACAAACCUUAAGACUCACAUGUUAAUUCAUUCUGGGAUAAAGCCUUUCAGCUGCUCUGAGUGCGGAAGGAGUUUUACAAAGAAAGAACACCUUAAGAAUCAUUCGGCUACUCACUCUUUAGAAAAGCCUUUCAGCUGCUCUCAGUGCGGAAAGUCUUUUGUGAGUAAAGAAAGCUUUAAGAUUCACACGUUAGUUCAUGCUGGAAUAAAGCCUUUCAGCUGCUCUGAGUGUGGAAAGACUUUUACGAAGAAAAGACAACUUACAGAUCAUCUGGUAACUCACUCUUCAGAAAAACCUUUCGUCUGCUCUCAGUGCGGAAAGUCUUUCACUUGUAAAACAAACCUUAUGACUCACAUGUUAAUUCACGCCGGGAUAAAGCCUUUUACCUGCUCUGAGUGCGGGAAGAGUUUUAUCAGGAAAAGUCAACUUAAGGAUCACAUGCAUAUCCACUCUUCAGAAAAACCUUUCAGCUGCUCUCAGUGCGGAAAGAGUUUCAUACGUAAACCAAACCUUAAGACUCACAUGUUAAUUCACGAUGGAAUAAAGCCUUUCAGCUGCUCUAACUGCGGAAAGAGUUUUACAAAGAAAGAAUACCUUAAGAAGCAUUUGGCUACUCACUCUUUAGAAAAGCCUUUCAGCUGCUCUCAGUGCGGAAGGAGCUUUACAAAGAAAAGUCAACUUACAGAUCAUCUGGUAACUCACUCUUCAGAAAAACCUUUCGUCUGCUCUCAGUGCGGAAAGUCUUUCACUCGUAAAUCAAACCUUAAGAAUCACAUGUUAAUUCACGCCGGGAUAAAGCCUUUUACCUGCUCUGAGUGUGGGAAGAGUUUUACCAGGAAAAGUCAACUUAAGGAUCACAUGCAUAUCCACCCUUCAGCUGCUCUCAGUGAGGAAAGUCUUUCAAACAUAAAGAAAGCCUCAAGACUCACAUGUUAAUUCAUGCCGGGAUAAAGUCCUUUCAACUGCUCUCAAUGUGGAAGGAGUUUUACGAAAAAAGGACACCUUAAGGGCCAUUUGCUAACUCACUCUUCGGAAAAGCCUUUUCACCUGUCAGUGCGGAAAGUUUUUCCCACGUAAAACAAACCUUAAGACUCACAUGUUAAUUUAUGCGGGAUAAAGCCUUUC